AUGCAUAUCCAGGAUAAGGAAAAUGAUGAUAAUCCAGCUCCAUCUCAAUUGGCAUUGGAAAUUCCUGAAUCUGCCUCAGCAACUGCAGCUGCUGUCGCCACAUCAGCAACAUCAGCCACAUCAACUGAAUCAGCAGCCUCGACAACAGCCCAACAACGUAAUGGAGAGAAAUCAUUGAUUGGAAAAGUAAAGGACAAAAUCAAGGGCAAGACAUCACCAACCUCAUCGCGAGAUAAUGAUGGUACCGAGAUUGAACUUGGAUCAUGCUCAUCAUCAGCUUCAACACGUAGGAUUACAAGUGUAUACGUGUCACAAGAACAACAACUGCUGCUGUUGGAACUGCUCAAACACUUUAGGAUGUUGUUGCCCGAGACCCACAGGCCAAAGGUGAGGAACAGUCGCUCGCACCCAUACAGCGAGAGUGAUCAACGAUAUUUCUUUGGCUACGAGCUGGUCGAAACGAUCAUGAACAGCAGGAUAAUAUCGACCAAUCGCAUGGAGGCGUGCGAUAUUGCCGAGUCAAUGUUGAUGCUGCAGCUAGUCAUCAUGCGACCGUGCAAGAUAAAGCAUACAAUGUUCACGCUGCACGGCCCCAAGCACCACGAGCUCGUCUACAACGAUGACAAGACGCGCUACUACUUCAUUGAGAACGCGGUGCUGCAGGACCCCACCAGCUACAACUACCACCUCAUGACCAAGUACACGCAGUACCGCUACGUCCCGCGAGUCAGUCGACUGAUCGACAACCUGUUCUACAAGGACGUCUUUGACCUCUCGUACAAGAUACCAAUGUCGAGCAAGCCCAAGGGCAUCGUGGACCGCGUGUUCCAUUACUCAGAGUACCGCCAGCACAAGAUGCUCAACGAGGCCGCCGACAUAGACUCGCCCGACAUCCUCAAGGUACGCACACGCACUGGUACCUUCCACAUUGAGACGGCUGACGAAACAAUCGCGCAAGCCAUACCCGAGGACCUGGCCGCAGUGCCCAUGGACUACACUGCGAUGGUCAUAUCACAUUAUAGCGACAUGCCACUCGACUUCCGCGUGCUCAAAUGGACCAGGAACAUACCUUUACUCACAUUCUCAAUCGUCUUGUCGACGUCGGCACUGAGCAUGCAGUGGCGAAACAUGUCCCAGCUAUACUACACGCCCGCGCUCAUAUACAAGAUCAUCAUCUGCUUUGCCGCAUUGUUAUGGGUGCUGGCCGUUGCACUACAGGCAGCGUCAGUGGUACUGCAUCGCGACAAGUGGAAGAAGGACAUUCACGAUGAGAUCCAGGUCACGCUGUGGUGCAUCGUGGCCAUGUCGCUGUUCCAGAUCAGCGACGUCAACUAUGAGUUCGCUAAACACAUGACCCAGGUGCUGUUCUGGAUCGCCUUCUCAAUCCAGUGCGCCUCAAUGGUGAUGCUCUACGUGCAGCUGGUGGCUAAGGUGCGCGCCAAGCUGCCUCUGCGGCUUGCCCCCUGCUUCUUCUACAAUGGUUCGGGCUUCAUCAUUGGGUCGAUGGUCGCGACCAAGCUCGGCCACACGACCUUUGCCUGGGUGAUCUGGGCGUUUGGCACGAUAUACGUGUCGCUGGCCGAGAUCAUGUUGUUGAUCAACUACAAAAUAUUUGGCCUGUUGCCGGGCGAUCAUAUCCCGACACAGAUGGUACUGGUCGCAUUCCCAUCGGUCUGCUUUGUUGGCGUCUCCAACAUCCUCGGACAUCUGACAAUUGCCACGCGACUGAUCUACGGUCUGAUCUUUGCCAAUGUGUUGCUGGCAGUCACCGUGAUGACCAUCAUGUAUAGACGCACUCGCAAGAUCCGGAAGAAGUUCCAUCUUGGCUGGUGGGCAUUCUGCUUCCCAUCCAUAUCGUUUGGCUCUGCCGCGUUGACCUACUACCGAUACACACCCUACCUAUCCUGCAAGAUAUUCAGUAUUGCCAUCGUGUCCAUCUCGAAUGCAUUGUUCGCCUUGGUAACAAUCCUGACUCUGUAUCAUCUUGUUAGGCGCAAUUUAUUCAUUCCAUCUCGUGCCCGUGUACCAGUGUAA